UUAGUAGCUGCUGAUUAAUUGCAUUUAACUCUCGAUCGCCCAGUUUUCUGAUAUCGUUGUAACUGAACAAUGAUGUCGCAGACCUGGACAUAAAUAUUUUAUCGUGGCGCCUCAUUUCUGAGGAUAUCAGAUUUUGUCAGGUAGUAUAAUUACAUAGACCGAUAACGGAAGCUGUAAACCAUGUGAUGGUGCUAUAAAAAGCCUCGCAGUAUUACUUGAACUUCACUCUUCAACCACCCUGUUUGUAGAGCGAACAAAAUUCUCCAAGUUGUGAGGCCGGAACUUCAAUCUGCAUCUUAGGUUCAGAUAUGGCGGGUUCAUUUUUAUUCCCUGUCGUACUUGUUGUUGUCCUAAGUUUAUCAUCUGCAAGCCCUACCAAUGAUCAGCGACGGAAUAAAGAAGAAGUUGUGGAUUUUAGUAUGGAUAUCAUCGAGGGUAGAAUUGGCUACACUGAGAAGAUCGAGGUGGACCUUGGAAAACAGACAGAAUUGUUUCAAGUUCCUACUCAUCCUGGUGUGGAUCGCAGCGAUGUGUUACACGAUUUCAAAAGCAAUCUGACCAUGUUACGCUUCCCGGAAAGUAAAGUAUGUUACCUGUUUCCUCUCGUAAAACGGCAGUCGACGCCAGAGAAACUAAUGAAAGAUCUUAAGACAACCCAGGAGAUGGUUGUUACAGAGACAAGGCGUCUGUACAGCAGGUGGGUUUUGGAUGAAGAAGUUACUGAUCCAUCAUCGCUCGGUGAAGAGUUGAACGAGUAUUGCGCUCAGUACACGAUAUACCACGUGACUGAAAAACGGGAACAGGUGACCGCUGAACAAACAGAAGGCGGAACAUUGCCAAAUAGGGUGAGACGUCAGUCCGGCAGUGCUCUGAAUGGUACUAAACUGUGCCGCGGAGGAAUGGACCUGAAUAGAGCCCUGCAAGUAUGUUCCGAACCCAAAAUGAAAUGCGUGAGCACCAACAUGUGUUUCCAGAUUAAAAAAUGUAGAGAGGAGAAGAGACGUGUCCGACGUUCGUUAUGGGGAAUUUUCGGUCCCUUUGGUCGUUAUGGUGGUUAUCAUGGUUGGCUUGGAGGGUACCGUCUGCGUUAUGUUCCACCCGCAAGCAGAAAACAACAGAAGAAAGUGAAACGCCCACGCCCUCGCUGUUGGAAUGAGCACGACACCAGAAAAGUAAUUAAAUGUUGCAAAUACGUUUGUGAUAAGGUGGAUAGACCAACUACAUCAAUUAGCCCAACAACAGAAACAAUGGAAAUUGAAAAUGAACCAACCACACCAAUUAGCCCAACAACAGAAACAGUGGAAAACGAAGAUGAACCAACCACACCAAUUAGCCCAACAACAGUAACAGUGGAAAACGAAGAUGAACCAACCACACCAAUUAGCCCAACAACAGUAACAGUGGAAAACGAAGAUGAACCAACCACACCAAUUAGCCCAACCACAGAAACAGUGGAAAACGAAGAUGAACCAACUACACCAAUUAGCCCAACCACAGAAACAGUGGAAAACGAAGAAUUCGCAGUUUUGCUGGGGCGUUUUUAAAUAGUCGGCCAUAAACUAUGUGUUGGUAAGGUUUACGAAAAUGCCUACUGGUUAUUUUGCCAAGGCAGAAUUUAGCCUUCAAACAAACUUGAUAUCCAUUUCAUUUCCUGAAGAUACAGCGAAAACCAGAUGGUUUAGCUUCAAACAAUUAUAAAACGUUGAUUCUCCA